UAUAGGUGUGUGCAGUGUUGUAUAUAUUAUUAUGCAUAUAUCAGUCUUUAUCAUCGUAUAACAAAAAAAGUGAGAAAAGGAGAGCAAUAAGGAAAGAGAAUGAAUCAUCGAUAUCUGCGCCUUUAGGCAGAGGAGGAGUUAGAGAAAGAUCUUUUGAUAUCAGCAAAUCAAGCUGAUUUAAAAGCAAAGGCGGCGAGAAUUCUAUUGAUAUGAUGUAUCCAAUAUUAACAACCCCAUCAUACACACACAUAUGACUCUUUCUUUACCUUUGGCCUUUUCUCUCCUACCAUCUUUUCUUGCUUUUUUCUUCCCUCUAUAAACCCAUAAAUUUACUAUCUUCCCUUUGCUUGUCUUUUUUGGGAUUUUAAUCCUUCUUGUAUUUCUGGUUUUUGGUUAUUGGUUUUUGUUAGUGAACUUUGUUUGGCAAUUAAGAUUAAAGCUUCAUCAAUGUCUUCCUAAAAUGUGGCAGCUGAGAAAUGGGAUGAGAACAGCCUGGAAGAAGAUAAGGAAGAUAGGAAUGUUGAUGUUUCUGUUGUUGUCUCAGUCCAAUGGUUAUUAGAUAUUCUCCUUGGCUACUUGGUGUUGAUUUUGCUUGUUAUCUUCAGAAUUUUAAGUACAUAAAUUAGUUAUUUUUAGGUCACAAAAUUUUCUUUGGAAAAAAAGAGAGGCUAUUUCUUUGCCUCUGGUUUUAUUCAGCUGAUAGAUAUAGACAGGGAAAGAAAGGAACGUUCUCGUUGGUACAUGGUAUGGCUAAUAGCUUCACAGCCACAAGGAAUUUAGGUCAGCUUGUCGUGUUUUUUUAAAGGGAUUUUAUCCUAUUCUUUUUCUCUUUUGUGAACAUAUUUUCUGAAGAAAAAAGAGUAAACAUGAAGUUUAUGAAACUUGGCUCCAAGCCUGACGCCUUCCAAGCUGAUGGCAAAUGCAUCCGGUAUGUCACAUCUGAUCUGGCAACAGAUGUCACAAUUAAUGUCGGCGAAGUUAAAUUUUACCUUCACAAGUUCCCUCUAUUGUCCAAGAGUAGUCGCUUGCGAAAACUAGUGCUGAAAGCCAGUGAAGAGUGCUGUGACGAAAUUAAUAUGGUUGAUUUUCCUGGUGGGCCAAAAGCAUUUGAAAUCUGUGCAAAAUUCUGCUAUGGGAUGACUGUUACUUUAAAUGCAUACAAUGUUGUGGCUGCAUGUUGUGCUGCCGAAUACCUAGAGAUGACUGAGGAUGUUGAUCGAGGUAACCUAAUUUUUAAAAUCGAAGUAUUUCUUAAUUCUAGUAUAUUCCGUAGCUGGAAAGAUUCCAUUAUUGUUCUACAAACCACCAAGUCUGUUCUACCAUGGUCUGAAAACCUGAAGAUCGUUGGAAGAUGCAUUGAUUCUAUAGCAUCUAAAACCUCUUUGGAUCCUGCAAAAAUUACAUGGUCCUACACGUAUAACCGGAAGUUGUCAGUGUCUGACAAAACGGCUGGUGAUGGUAUGAAAUUUCGAGAGAAGAUCGUAUCUGUUCCAAAAGAUUGGUGGGUUGAAGAUAUAUGUGAGUUAGACAUUGAUCUCUACAAGCGAGUCAUGACUGCUGUGAAAUCAAAGGGAAGAAUGGAUGGUGUCGCCAUUUGUGAGGCACUGAAAACGUACGCUGUUAGAUGGUUGCCUGAUUCUGUUGAUACCUUGGAUUCUGACGUACAUUCCUGGAGGAACAAAUUACUUGUGGAAACAAUUGUAUGUUUAUUGCCUUCGGAUAGAGGCGUUGGUUGUUCAUGUAGUUUCUUAUUGAAGCUGUUGAAAGUUGCCAUUCUCGUUGGGGUGGAUAAUUCCGCAAAGGAAGAUCUAUUAAAGAGGAUAAGUUUAAAGUUGUAUGAAGCUUCCGUCAAGGAUUUAUUAAUCCCGGCGCGGCCUCCUCAAACUACAUUAUAUGAUAUUGAGAUGGUUCUCUCUAUUGUGAAACGGUAUAUGUUGCUUAGUCAUGAUUUAGAUGUUGCAAAGAAUGAGAUGGGAUGUACUGAUUUAGUUCUAGGGCAUGGAUCCUUGUUGAGCGUUGGUAAACUGAUCGACGAGUACCUUGAAGAAAUUGCACGCGACCCAAAUCUUUCCCUUGCCAGUUUCAUUGACUUGUCUCAGUCUGUACCUGAGUUUGCUAGACCAGUUCAUGAUGGACUUUAUAAAGCCAUUGACACAUACCUAAAGGAGCAUCUGAGCUUGACGAAGGUUGAAAGAAAGAAAUUGUGCAGCUUGAUGGAUGUCAAGAAAUUGACGAUGGAUGCAUCUAUGCAUGCUGCGCAGAAUGAGAGGUUUCCACUUCGAGUCGUAGUUCAAGUUCUCUUCUUUGAGCAGGUUAGGUCUGUGGCUGGAGUUCAACGACUUCGCGAUACUUCCCAUUCCACGACCAACACUGAUGAAGAAUCGGAGAAGACUGCAGCUGAAGAUUGCAACUCCCUUGAGAAACAAAUGAGUCGGAUUAAGAUAAAAGAGGACGCAUUUCAGGAAAAAUGUGAAUUGGCCAAGCAGAGUAGCAAAAACAGUAAAAGCGGCAUCCAGCUACUGCCAUCUCGAUCGAGAAGAAUGUUUGACAAGUUGUGGGGUUUCGGAAAAGGGCAUGCAGAUAACAGAAGUUCCGAGACCUCUGCAAGUUCGCAAAGCCCAACUUCGAUGGUUCCAGGGGAUACCAAGUCUUCCGGUUCAUCUUCGAGAAACAGGAGACACUCUAUAUCCUAGAGAGAAAUGAUCGAGGUUAAUGAGAUUCAUAAACAGUUGAAGGAAAAGAUUCAAACUGUUGAGUGUAAAAAGUUGUAGGAUUUUGUUGUAGUUGAUGAUGAAGGUUCUUCUCAUAUGUGAAGUAUUCAAAAAUAGGGUCAGGUGCUUUUCGUUCUAACAUCUUAUUCAAUUGUAUGAUCAUCCAUGUAGUUAAUUGGAGGAUUACAUUUCCUUUGAACUUUUUGAAAUUGGAUUCCUUGUGAUGUAUUUUUCUUA